CAGGAAUUUGGAGGAUGGGGGCGGAGCUGGAUGUAUAAGAUACCUCAUUGGCCAGCAGACGCAAAGGAGAGCCGGAACCCGGGAGCUAGAGAAGCGAAAUGACAUUUCCUCUUUAAAUAGCCAGAGCCGGGGCCCCCAUCCAGAAAUGGCCGCGUCGGCAGAUUUAAGUAAGUCUUCCCCAACACCGAAUGGGAUUCCAUCUUCAGACACAGCGAACGAUGCCAUGGACCCCUUCCAUGCUUGCAGUAUUCUUAAGCAACUCAAAACAAUGUAUGAUGAAGGACAACUGACAGACAUUAUAGUGGAAGUGGAUCACGGGAAAACCUUUUCCUGUCAUAGAAACGUUCUUGCUGCAAUCAGCCCUUACUUCAGAUCCAUGUUCACGAGUGGCCUUACAGAAAGUACUCAAAAAGCUGUUCGAAUAGUUGGUGUUGAAGCUGAAUCAAUGGAUUUGGUAUUGAAUUACGCCUACACCUCUAGAGUUCUUCUGACAGAGGCCAAUGUUCAAGCUUUGUUCACUGCAGCUAGUAUCUUCCAGAUUCCUUCCAUACAAGAUCAGUGUGCUAAGUAUAUGAUCAGUCAUUUGGACCCACAGAAUUCUAUUGGCGUCUUUAUUUUUGCUGAUCAUUAUGGUCAUCAGGAACUUAGAGAUCGAUCGAAAGAAUACAUUCGUAAAAAGUUUCUGUGUGUCACCAAAGAACAAGAGUUUCUCCAGCUGACGAAAGAUCAACUCAUAAGCAUACUGGACAGUGAUGACUUAAAUGUAGACCGAGAAGAGCAUGUUUAUGAAAGCAUUAUAAGGUGGUUUGAGCAUGAACAGAAUGAGAGAGAAGUGCACCUUCCAGAAAUCUUUGCCAAAUGCAUCCGUUUUCCUCUGAUGGAAGAUACCUUUGUAGAGAAAAUUCCACCUCAGUUUGCACAGGCUAUAGCCAAAAGCUGUAUAGAAAAGGGACCAUCUAGCACCAAUGGCUGUACACAGAGGCUUGGAAUGACUGCUUCUGAAAUGAUCAUAUGUUUUGAUGCUGCUCACAAACACUCAGGAAAGAAGCAAACAGUGCCUUGCCUAGAUAUAGUCACAGGAAGGGUGUUUAAACUGUGUAAGCCACCAAAUGACCUGAGAGAAGUUGGAAUUCUUGUAUCACCAGAUAAUGACAUUUACAUAGCAGGCGGGUACCGGCCAAGCAGCAGUGAGGUCUCCAUCGACCAUAAGGCAGAAAAUGAUUUCUGGAUGUAUGACCAUUCCACCAACAGAUGGCUGUCCAAACCAUCCUUGCUUCGGGCCAGAAUAGGCUGCAAACUUGUAUAUUGCUGUGGUAAAAUGUAUGCAAUUGGAGGUCGUGUUUAUGAGGGUGAUGGGAGAAAUUCACUGAAAUCUGUAGAGUGCUAUGACAGCAGAGAGAAUUGUUGGACAACUGUUUGUGCAAUGCCAGUUGCAAUGGAAUUUCAUAAUGCUGUGGAGUACAAAGAGAAGAUCUAUGUUUUACAGGGAGAAUUUUUCCUCUUCUAUGAGCCUCAAAAAGACUACUGGGGUUUUUUAACCCCCAUGACUGUGCCUAGAAUCCAGGGCUUAGCAGCUGUAUACAAGGACUCUAUCUACUACAUAGCUGGAACCUGUGGAAAUCACCAACGUAUGUUUACUGUAGAAGCCUAUGAUAUUGAGCUCAAUAAGUGGACUCGUAAGAAGGACUUUCCAUGUGAUCAGUCUAUAAAUCCAUACCUUAAGCUGGUCCUCUUCCAGAAUAAACUUCAUUUAUUUGUUCGAGCUACCCAAGUGACUGUUGAAGAACAUGUCUUUAGAACCAGCAGGAAAAAUUCCCUUUACCAGUAUGAUGACAUUGCUGACGAGUGGAUGAAAGUGUAUGAGACCCCGGAUCGGCUGUGGGACCUGGGAAGGCAUUUUGAAUGUGCUGUGGCUAAACUCUAUCCUCAGUGUCUUCAGAAAGUACUUUAAUGAGGCCUUCAUGCCUCACUGGAAUCUCAUACUGAAAAUGCUUGUCUGAAGGAGUGAUGUCAAUAUUUAAGAAAGCUGUGGGCUGGGGACAGCUCAGUGGCACCGCGCCUGCCUCCCAAGCACAAGGUCCUGAGUUUGAUUCCCGGUACCGCAAAAACAAACAAACAAACAAACAAAAAACAAGCUGAGAGAGUUUUGUACACAGAAGUGGGUGCUGUUAAAGAUUAUAGCAUAGGGAGGAAUUUGCUUUCACUUUUGUGAUGUUUUCAGUAAGGAAAAGGUAACAAAGUGCAAUUAUCAGCAUUUUUUCCUGGCAUAAAAGUCAUUGUAUCAUUCUAGAACUGUGAUAAAUAGUCACUGAGAUACUCAAUGAGUCAAGACAACUAUGCACCCCUUUAAGAGCAGUUAGGGUAUUAUUGGGUAGAGACAUCAAACUAGCUUGACAUAACUUUUUAUUUUAAAUACGGGUAACAAUCUGAGGCAAUAUCACUAGGACUUUAUUUAGCUGUGACCUCUCUAACACAGAGAAGCACUAACUUAGAUCCUCAUUCUUAAUAUUUAUAUAUAAAUUUACAUAUAUAUUUUUGUGUACUGUUUUCAAGUGUACUGAGAUUUAAAUGUGUUCUGUUAUUAGGUAGACCGAAGGAAAAUCAGUCUCAGAAAGAAUUUUUAAUCUGACUGUUUCACAUUUUCCAUAUAACUUUAAGUUAAGCUAAAGUUUAAAGUGGUAGUUUUCUGUCAAAAACUUCUUCAAGUGCUAACACUGUUUCAUUUUUUUAAAAUCCUGGAAAGGGCUCAAAUUUGCAGGUGGCUGGUGCUAGUAUAAAUUAAUUCAUGUAUAUAGCUAGGUAUUUAAGUGGUCUGAGCCCAUGCUUGUCUUUCAGAUUAGUGUGUUUGUUUCAUGGUCUUAGUAUUACUUUACCUGUUGAAUUCUUGUGUUAUCACAAGGCUUGGUACUUACGUGAUAGGAUAUGGCUAGAUAUUGGCUAACUGGAUUUAAUCAUAGAACAGCAUGACCAUUGUACCACAUUUGCAUUAACAUGGGCCAUUUUGUUGCCCAACCUCCUUUUCCAUCCUCUGCCUGUCCAGUCAUUGUUGGUACAAUCAAAGCUAACUUAUAAUGUGAAGUUUUACAGCUACCUUUAAAAUUCUGUUCCAGAAACAUAAAAGAUUUGUGGUAGUCUAAUAAUUUAAUGGCUUUUGAAGUUUCAUAUUAUAGUGACAACCUCAUUUUUUUUCUUUUUGCACUUCACAAUGAUGAAUACUUUUAUAUUGAAAUACUGUUCUAGCUGAAGAGGAUUGACAAGGAAAAGAGUGCAUGAACAGAACCAUAUAGCUUUAUAGGUACUAAGUCAUUUUUCAUCUAUAACUGAUGAAUUUCUAACAGAAAUAUUAAUGUGAGGGACAAACCAACUUAUGUGUAUUUCUUGGGCAGAUAUUUAGAUCGAUGACUUUUUCUUCACUAUGGCUGGAAUAACUGAUAAAAGAUAGCUUAGAGUCUGUCCUCAGUUGGAACAGUUUUAUUCUCUUGAAGAAAGCAAACUGGCAUGGUUUGUAUUUAAAAAGAUCUUGCACAAAUUAUAAUGUGAUACUGUGAAACAUUGAAAGCAUUGCCUCUUUGCAUCACAUACCUCACUUUUCAGAAACUUUCCAAACUGCUUUACCAAGACCUGUACAUGUAAGGACAGUUUUCUGAAGCAGAAGUUCAAGUGGACAGCAUUUAUAGAAGUAACAUUUUAAAAUCUAGUCUUAGAAAGCUAGAUGUGUUGUUUCUUCUUAUUGGCCUUAUUGUCUGUAAUCCCUUUUUAAACUUCAUCAGCCAAUGUUUUUCCUCCUCAAUAUUUCUUUGUCUUCUGUUUUUAUCUUCAUGCUGUUUGUGUUAUUGAGUCUUUUUUUGAAUAAUUUUUUACAGUUUUAUAUUGCUGAGGGGAAGGAAAAAUAACCAACUUUUACAAGAGAUGUCCAUGUAACUCACUUUUGAAAGCUUUGUUGAGUAUCUAAGGUCUCUUGCCACUUUUUGACAAUCUUCUGUAUUUAGAAAAAAAUGCAUUACUUGAAAACAUGACAUAGAACAUUAAGUUAGCAUUGUCUAGGUGCCAUGUGAUACAUAGGAGAACAACAAUGUGGUUAGUUCUACAGUAGAUCUGCACAACAGUUGAUCCUUUUACUAGAACAGUUUAUAUUGAGAGUAUGAUCUAUGUACAGUGUGUCAAAACCAAGGCUUAGAAUUUGCUAUGGGAUUAGAAUAUAUCUUGAAUUUUGUAUGAGGAGCUAUUUGUUUACAUUAUAUAUAGCUGGGAUAUUUUGCCACUUCUAAAAUGGUUUUAGAGGAGGUCCUAGAAAACUAAGAUUAGUGAUAUGUGUGGGUUUAUGUGUAGAUCUUUAAAGCAUAUUUUCAUAGUAUGAUGAGAACACAAGUAAAAGGCACAAUGGCUACUGCAGAAUUAAAAGCUCUAACGUAUGCCAGUCCUACUUUACUUAUGUUUUUGCAUUUAAAGAAUGUAAGUAGCACUUUCCUAUAUAUUUUUUACACAUUGAAAACUGGACUUGGUUUAACUGUGUUAUAGGAAGGUAGAAAUUGUAUUCUUGAUUUUCCAUCUUCGUUUCCUGUUAUCCUAUAAAGUUGAUGCUUAAGUGUUAAGCUAGUUUCUUUGCUGCAUGAGAAAAAGUGGAUAUAAUCUGUAAGGAAUCAGAGUCUCUGUAAAGCAGUUUAAAAUGGCAUUCAAUGUUCAGUGCUCAGGUAUGUAGUAAGUACUGUAGUCCUAUGGGGGCAAAUGUGUAGAUAUUUUUAAACGUUUUGCUGUAAUUGCACAAAUUUUUGCAUUUUUACCUGAUGUCAUUGUUUCUUAUAAUAAAACCUUUCUGACUGAAAACUUCGAGUGUUGUAAACUGACCUCUGAUAAGUGAGUUUUGCAGAAUUAAAAUUUGAUGAAAAUCUUGAAAUACCUCAUGAAUGAUGUUUUAAUCUAUCCAAUAUCUGGCCUGUGAUAGAAAAUGAACUGGUUAAUAUAGGAUGCUUUUUAAAAUGCUAAAGCAAGCUCACUUCUAUCAGUAACUCUGUCCUGGCCCAAAUUGUUACUGCCCUCAACUCUUCUCUCUUUACACAUUCCAUAUCUAAUCCAUCAGAAAAUCCUGUUGCUUCCUCCUUUGCCAGACUCUGUCUGUGUGUUCCUGCACACUGUCACCCUCAGCUAGCCUGUCUUGUCUGCCUUAAUGCAGUAGCUACUGACCUUACUUUCUUCCCAUCACUCUUGACCCCUUGUAUUCUAUUUUCCCCCACAUACUAACUAGUCCAAGUGAUCUUGUUAAAACAUAAACCAGUUCAUGUGCCUCUUCUGGUCAGAUCCCUCCAGUGGCUUCACAUCUCUUCAUAUGCAUGCCAAACCCCUUACAUACAUUAUCUACAUCCCCAACCUCAUCUUUUAGACCUUAUUGUCAUUUCGCCAGCUCACUGACCGUGCUGUUCCUCAAACAUGCUGAGCACCUCCAACACCAAGACCUGUGUCCUUGCCAUAUUGUCAGAUCAGCCCUGGCAACCUACUUAAGUAUUAAAAAUGUCACUUUACCGGAGAGCCUUCCCUGAUCACUUAAUUUUCCAGCUCCUUCUCAACCCAUGCCACAUACUAUUUCCUGCUUUUUCAUAUACAUCCUCCCCCAUUAAAAAGUAAGCUUCACAAAGUCCAGUAAUUUG